UCACACGGACCUACAGUUUAGGGGUGGUGAAAUUUGUAACCUUGUUGCAAGUAUCUUUGGCGAGUGAUAGGAGCAAGUGAGAUCACCGAGAUCUCCCAUUUGGAUAGAGUUGAGUUGUUGGGCAAGGAUAGCAUCGGCUCUUUUUCAGGCACAGUUCAAAUAUAUUUGAAUAUAUAACGUUAACACCCUGGAAAUGUCCGAAAACAAGCCGAAUGAUGAUCCGAAGUUAUCUACGACGGACAGGGUAGUAAAAUCUGUCCCUUUCCCGCCAAGUCACCGGCUCACAGCCAAGGAGGUGUUUGACAGUGAUGGGAAGCCCAAAGUGGACGUGCUCAAAGGCCACCUGACCAAGGAGGGCCGCGUGGAGGAGAGCGUAGCCCUCAGACUCAUCGGAGAGGGAGCGGCCAUCUUGAGGGCUGAGAAGAACCUGCUAGACAUAGAGGCACCCGUGACAGUUUGCGGAGACAUCCAUGGCCAGUUCUUUGACCUGAUGAAGCUGUUUGAAGUAGGAGGGUCACCGGCUAGCACGCGCUACCUUUUCUUGGGCGACUACGUCGACAGAGGAUAUUUCAGUAUUGAAUGUGUGCUGUACUUGUGGGCCUUAAAGAUCCUAUACCCCAAAACACUAUUUUUGCUCCGUGGGAACCACGAAUGUAGACAUUUAACAGAGUAUUUCACAUUUAAGCAGGAAUGUAGAAUUAAGUAUUCAGAGCGGGUGUACGAUGAGUGUAUGGACGCCUUCGACUGCCUUCCCCUGGCUGCCCUUAUGAACCAGCAGUUCCUGUGUGUACACGGAGGACUUUCCCCAGAAAUCUCAAACCUCGACGACAUCAGGAAAUUAGACAGAUUCAAAGAGCCCCCUGCGUACGGGCCCAUGUGUGACCUGUUGUGGUCAGACCCCCUGGAGGACUUUGGGAACGAGAAGAGCCAAGAACACUUCACACACAACACAGUGAGAGGCUGCUCCUACUUCUACAGCUACCCCGCUGUCUGCGACUUUCUACAACACAAUAACUUGUUAUCUGUCAUUCGAGCCCAUGAAGCACAGGACGCUGGGUACCGCAUGUACAGGAAGAGCCAGACGACAGGGUUUCCUUCUCUCAUCACCAUCUUCUCAGCACCCAACUACCUAGACGUCUACAAUAACAAAGCUGCGGUACUGAAGUAUGAGAACAACGUGAUGAACAUCAGGCAGUUCAACUGCUCCCCUCACCCCUACUGGCUGCCCAACUUCAUGGACGUCUUCACCUGGUCCCUCCCCUUUGUCGGGGAGAAAGUCACUGAGAUGCUGGUUAACGUGUUAAGCAUCUGCUCCAAUGAUGAGCUGACGACAGACGAGGAGAUCGAUGGUGCCACAGCCUCUGCACGCAAGGAGGUCAUCAGGAACAAGAUCCGUGCCAUUGGCAAGAUGGCGAGGGUAUUCUCUGUCCUAAGGGAGGAGAGUGAAAGUGUGUUGACACUGAAGGGGCUGACCCCCACCGGCAUGCUGCCCAGUGGAGUGCUGUCCGGGGGCAAGGAGAAGCUCCAGAAUGCCAUCAAGGGCUUCUCGCCCCAGCACAAAAUCACCAGCUUUGAGGAGGCCAAGGGCCUGGACCGCAUUAACGAGCGGAUGCCCCCAAGGCGGGACGGCCUCCCCUCCGACGCCAGCCUCAACUCCCUUAACAAGGCUCUGUCCUCGGAGACUAAUGGCACGGACGCCAAGGACAGCAGCAGCAACAUCCAGUGAAGUGGCACACUCCACCGAGGCGGGUGGUGGUGGCAGCCUGUGGCGACCAGGGUGGGGUGUUAUACCACCAUCCUCCUCGUCGCAGUCUGCCACAUGGCGGCAGAGAGGAGAGAGCAGGGUGGAGGAGAAAAGGGAGGGACGAGAUCAGGAAUGCGCUUACAGGAAGUGGUGCUCACAGGAAGUGGCGCUUACAGUACAACAACCGCAGGAGAGACUCUAGUCUUUGGGUAUGCCUUUAAAAAAAAAAACUUGUAGAAACGACUAAGUUUUUCGCAUUGUUCACUCUUUUGGGCCCUUGGCCUCCUCGAAGCUGGUGAUGACGUGCUUGAUUCUGUACUUCAGUACGAGAGAGACAGACAGGAUCUCUUUCUCUUGGUCUCUCUAAAGGAGAUGUUUUAUGAAAGCCUCUCACUCAUUUUACUGCAGUGCUCUCCAACCCUGUUCCUGGAGAAUUACCCUCUAGGUUUUCGCUACAACCCCAGUUGGAUCUCACCUGAUUCAGCUCAUCAACCAGCUAAUUAUUAGAAUCAGGUGCGCUAGAUUAGGGUUUGAGUGAAAACCAACAGGACGUAGCUCUCCAGGGACAGGGUUGGAGAGCCCUGUUCUACUGGAUAUGAAAAUGUUGUGUAACUUCUUACUAACUAUUGUACGUUUACAAAAUACAGCACUAAAAAGGACAGAACAUGAAAAAAAAUGUUUUUAACAUAAGGGUGUACAAACUAAGUAAAGAAUAUUUAUUGAUAACAUUUUUUGCUACUCUUAUAAAAUAGCUCUCAGAUAAAUUAGGCAGUCUUAAAAAGAAUGUUGCAACCUUGUUGAAAUGCCAAAAAAAAUAUGUUUUAUGGUUUUGUACAGAUUAUGCUUACCCCAGGUUCAUUUGGUGUGUGCUUUUGACCCGGAUUUCUGUAUAAUGGCUAAUUAUUACCUUGGUGAUGAAUAUCUAUUUUUUGGGAAGUUUCAUCACUGGAAUUUACAUUUAUCUAUAAUUUGCAAAUAUAAAAAAAUGUUUUUGUGGAUAGAGAUUUUAUUGUGUCUUGGUGGAAUUCUGUGAAUGUUCAUUUCUCUUUUUAAAGUAUUGCGAACAAAGUAAGCGUAAAGAACCUAUAUUGUGUAAAAAAGACAAACUAAAAGUGUCUGCCUAUGCAUGUUUUAUAAACUCAAACAAAGGAAAUUGAUAAAUGAAUUGAAUACCUUGGCUGCCGGGGCCUGUUUUGAAAUGUAGUGCGCUUAGUGAACAUAUACUGGCAUUCAUUAAAUUAACACCAUGAUAAUGCUUUAUAUCCCUCAACUUCUUUUAAAAUUGAUGCAUUUAAUUAUCUGACAUGGAGGAGGAAUCAUAUUUUUAACAUGGGCUUGUAAGUGCACACAGUCAAAUUUAGUAUGUUUAACCAUUCUUGUGAGGUUUGUGGUUACAUGUGGAACUCAAAAUGCAUGAUAGCUGUUAAUGUCAUAUAACGGUUAAGACAUUUUUGUUCUGUUUUGUACACGUGCCACAGAAAGUGUAAUUUGAUUAUUAUGAUUAUUGUUAUUAUUUGGAACUCUGCUUUGUAUAUCAAUAAAACAAAAAACUCCAUGACCUUUAAAAAAAAAAUGCUUAUAUGCCCAAGUAUUUCACUACAUGACAUGAAGCUUUGCUUUUGUAAUUUAACUUUGAAACAGUUGGCAGAUGAAGCAUGCACACGCAACUAUGAAAAAGUAUUUUAUAUUACUGUUCAAUAAAAAAUGUGCAUGAAUUUCAACUUAACGAAACAGUUUUUUUGUGUGUGAUAUAGCCAGAAUUUCAAGUCUGCAAACUGAAAGUCUAUGUAAACAUAUUAAAUAAAAAUGUAUUACAAU